AUGCAGACGACGAACCUUGACGACGUCCGCAGCCACGUGUCGCCGAAUCCCCGGCGCGAACGCGACGACCACAAUUACGUCAAUGCCGUCGUCGUGGUGCAGGACGUCCCGCCGCCGCUCCAUUCCCGACGGGAUAACGUGGAUCAAAAUUACGUCAAUGCCGUCAUCGCGGUGCCGCCGCUCCAUCCCCGGCGGGACUACGUGGUGCAGGACGUCCCGCAGCACCGUCCCCAGCAGGAACGCCCGGAUUAUGAUUUCGUCAAUAGCGUCUUCGCGGUGCAUGGCGUGCAGCCGUUCCGUCACCCACGCGAACGUCCCAUCCGGAACUGGGAUAAUGUCGCCAUCAUUGUGCAGCCCCUGCUGCCGCUCCAUCCCCAGCGCGAACUUGCCGCUAAUGCCGACGAAAUCACGGUGCAGGGCGGCCCGCCGCACCAGCUCCAGUGCGGCGGACCCGAGGACGAGGACGUCCAGCCGCGCCACAAGACUAGCUACCUGGAGACGAUGAUGCACCUGUUCAAAGGGAACAUCGGCACCGGAUGUUACGCGAUGGGCUACGCGUUCAAAAAUGGGGGCCUCUUGUUUGGCACCAUUGUCACGCUUCUGCUCGGUUUCUUGUGCGUUCACUGUCAGCACGUGCUGAUCGAAUGCGCGAACCUUAUGCAGGACCGGCGCCGGCGAGAGCGCAUUGAGCAGCUCCACGUGAUGCUCAACAAUAGCAGCGUGAUGCAGACGCCGCCGCCCGAGCUAGAUGCGACACCGCUGGAUUUCGCCGAGACCGUCGGGCUGUGCUUCCGGUACGGACCACGUGCGACCCGUCGCUGGGCCACCCCCAUGCGCCGCGCCAUCAAUGUGCUUAUCUGUGUGUCUCAGCUCGGAUUCUGCGGAGUGUACGUUAUCUUCAUGAGGUCUCACCUGAGGCAGAUCGCCGAGCAAUACGAUCUGGUUCUGGGCGAGCACCAGAUCAUGGCGCUGCUGUUCGUCCCGGUCGUGCUGACGUCCAUCAUCAGAAAGCUGAAGUACUUGUCGUAUUGCUCUUUGGCAGCCAACGUACUCAUGACGAUCGGCAUCGGUAUCACGUUUUAUUACGCGCUCAAGGAUCCGCUGCCGUCGCUAGCCGAGCGUAGCCUGAUGGGGAGUCCCGAGCAGCUGCCGCUUUUCUACGGCACUGCCAUCUUCGCGUUCGAGGGCAUCGCCCUCGUCCUGCCGCUCCAGAAUGAGAUGAGGUCCCCAGCCGAUUUCAGCAAAACGUUCGGCGUGCUAAACGUCGGCAUGGUGUUCAUCGUGUUGCUCUACAUCGUGCUCGGCUUCGUUGGGUACCUGCGCUGGGGCGACGCAGUGGAGGGCACCAUGACGCUUAACUUGCCCGACGACGAACUACUGGCCGUAAGUGUGAAGGUGAUGAUAUCGACCGGAGUGCUGCUCGGUUUUGCGCUGCAGUUCUUCGUCGCUAUCACGGUCGUGUGGCCGACGGUGGGACGCCACUGGAGCUACGCCACACGGCACUUUGUCAGCGCUGAGAUAAUGUUCCGCGUUGGAAUGGUGCUGCUCACCUUUGUCAUCGCCGAGUGUGUGCCGAAGCUGGACCUAUUUAUUUCGUUGAUUGGGGCGUUCUGCUCGUCCACGUUGGGCCUUACUAUACCGAUGUUGAUCGAGCUGAUCGUGGAGUUCGGCGAAGGUAACUCUCGACCCCAGACUCGUGGCUUACUGUUGGUGAAGAACGGAUGCAUCCUCUUCAUCGCGCUGGUCGGCUUCGGCACAGGCACCUACGUAAGUGUGUCGCAGAUAAUUCAAGAGUUCUAG